CGCAGGGAUCGUAACAGAUAGGCUGGCGGGUGGCGGUAUGUGUACUUUUAAUCAGUGUAAAUCAAAGGCCGUGUUAUCGCAAUUAUGUCACUCGUGUAGUAAGAGGAGAUGGCGGUGGAGUGGCAGGACGCUGAGGCUGUGCAGGAGGCUGGAGGAGCAUGACGGCGGCGUGAAAAGGAUAGGGAGAGGUGAAUGAAACUAAGGAAGAACAAGAGAGAAGAUGAGAGAUGAAGGGAAGCAGGAAGGAAAGGUGGUGGUGGUUCCUCCAGUGUGGUGUGGUUGGAAGAGAAAAGGGAGGAGCAACCAAGAAGGAAGAGGGAGCCAUGCCUGUGUCAAGGAGCCGCAGCUGCCUGGAUCAAGCCCUCAGGACCUGGACUACAUCUGCCGCUGAUCCGCCUCGCUCCCUCACUCCCUGCCGCCGCCCUUGCCACCCUGUCGGCAAGGGCAGCAGGGAGCACCUUAGCACUGGGCGGCUCACCACUGACAAAACUGGUGAAGCUGCGGCUCUUGUCUGCACUCAGUCUUAGAAUAAUAAACUGCAUUGGUUACUUGGUUAUCGGAAAUAGAAAAGAGCAUCGCCAUCCAUCGCCGACUGAGUGAGGGAAGAGUUAUAAGCAAGAGGAAGCUGCGAUCAUCCCCCAGUAUCAGGAAAUGGCUACCAAGACUAGCAGCCGCAUCCUCUUGACAGGUGUGCUGCUGUUGUGCCUCGUGGACGUCUACUGGCAGCCAUGCGACGCUGUUGCUUCAUCUAGUAUGGUCUGUGGCUCCGAGGUGAUGGUUGACAAGCAAACAGUGGAGCCCCUCGAGUGGUGGCCAGAUGAAAAAGAUCCCUGUCCGCCUGACCAAUGGCUGUGUAGGGACCGCAAGAACUGCAUUCCCCGCAAUGCCACGUGCUCCAGUACUACGGAAUGCGAAGAUGGAUCCGACGAGUCCCCUAGAUUCUGUGGCUGCAAGGAGGACGAAUUCCACUGUGGUGACCUGUGCAUCAAAUGUUCCCAACGCUGCGAUAAGGUGAAAACACUGUGUCCAUGGCGAGGACGAGCAGGAUUGCCUGACGCACACCUGCCCGUCCAACUUCUUCCAGUGUGUGAGCGACGGUGUCUGUGUGCCCCAGAAGGCGAUGUGCAAUCACACCAGCGAAUGCGCAGACUCUUCCGACGAGGACCAUUGCCAGAGGUUCAGGAGCUGCUACAGUUCAGAAUUUCAAUGUGACAACAGGCAGUGCGUGCGGCCUUUCGCUGUGUGUGACGACUACCAGGACUGUGCAGACAACUCGGACGAGAAGGAGUGUCAGCCUUCAGACUUCGUGACAUGCAAAUCAGGCAAAAAGAUCCACAAGUUCUGGUGGUGCAACAACUUCCCGGACUGCAGCGAAAAUUACCACGACGACGACACCGAUGAGCUGAACUGUACUUGCGGUGAGGAGCACUUCCGCUGCCACAACAGCCGCUGUAUCUUCAAAGGAAACGUGUGCGACUCAAAGUGUGACUGUCAGGGUUGUGAGGAUGAGGUGGACUGCAGGCACGUGUAUGUCAAUGACUCAGGUGUGACAGAGUGCCUGAAGGGGAAAUCCGUGGAGUGCAAUGGCCGGUGCAUCGCGAAGGAGUUUAUCUGCGAUGGCAUCCGUCACUGUUACGGAGAGGACCUGACGGAGUUCGGCUGUUACGACUAUAAGAACAAGAUGUUUAGGCAUCCGGCAGAAGCGAAGCAGAAACGGUUUAGCUUUUUCCAGUGUAAAGAUCUGAGGAGUCUGCCGAGCAUCCUCCUGUGUGACGGGCAAAGGCACUGCUUGGACGGAGAAGACGAAGAACACUGCGGCGAGGAAGGAGCGUGUGGCCCAAAACAAUUCCGGUGUUUGAACGGCAGCUGCAUCCCCGACAAGGCCAAGUGUGAUGGUAUCGAGGACUGCGAACUCGGUUUUGACGAGAUGCACUGUAAAGGUGAAACUGCCCUUAACCUUGUCACCUUCUUUGCAGGAAAUGCCACCAUUGAUGUGCGCGCCUGUGUGUGUGUGUGUGUGUGUGUGUGUGUGUGUGUGUGAGUUUGAGUGACAGUGAGUUAUAGGGGAAGGGGGGCCUCUCUCCACUUGAGCCUCCGCCCCCAGAUCAAACCGAUCAAGCGGGCUGCACCUCAGACGAGUGGCGGUGUGUGAGGAUUGGUCAGUGCAUUCCCCGGAGUGGUCGAUGUGACAGCAACCCGGACUGUAUUGACAGCUCAGACGAGCUUUACUGCGCAAACAACACGUGUGGCGAA